CUCCACGGAACGAAACUUCCUAUAUCUAGUGUUCCUUCACGGAAGGAUUUUAAUUCACCGGAAUCGAUUGGCGUUAAAGGGCAAAAGCGAAGAGGAAGGUGCUCUUAACGUGACAAAGCCUGUGGGACGGAGCGGGAGUCCUGGUGCACACGCCAAACGGAGAGGAUCCUGGGGGCCGGAAGGAGGUGGAAACUCCUGCAGGGGAGCAAUUCGCCUGCAAGCUCCCACGGAAGGAGAGCGCGUGGCUGUUUAAAGAGGCGUGUUGCUGGAGCACGUGGCUGGUUCGCGGAGGUCGGAGGUUGCAGAAAGGCUGACAUCGGUGUAGAACUUGAGACCGUGAGUUAUGGUGGGGAGAUCCCGGCGGCGCGGAGCGGCCAAGUGGGCAGCUGUGCGAGCCAAGGCAGGUCCCGGCCCAGCGGACGAAAAUGAAGACGAUUUAGAAAUGCCACCCUCGCCAGGGGACUCUAGCUACUACCAAGAUAAGGUAGAUGCUUUCCAUGAGGCCCGAUCCCGGGCUGCCUUGGCUAAAGGCUGGAGCGAAAUGGAGAGUGAGGACGAGGAGGGUGGCGAUGAGGAGGAAGAGGUUCUAGCCCUAGAUAUUGCUGAUGAGGACGAUGAAGAGGAUGACGAUGACGAUGACGAUGAUGAUGGUGGGAGCUCCGUGCAGAGUGAGGCCGAGGUAUCUGUGGAUCCCAGUUUGUCGUGGGGUCAGAGGAAAAAACUUUACUAUGACACAGACUACGGUUCCAAGUCCCGAAGCCGACAAAGUCAGCAAGAAGUAGAGGAGGAGGAAAAAGAGGAGGAAGAGGAAGCGCAGCUCAUUCAGCGGCGCCUCGCCCAAGCCCUGGAAGAGGAUGAUUUUGGGGUGACCUGGGUAGAGGCCUUUGCAAAACCAGUACCUCAAGUAGAUGAGGCUGAGACCCGGGUCGUGAAGGAUCUGGCGAAAGUUUCAGUGAAAGAGAAGCUGAAAAUGCUGCGGAAAGAAUCACCAGAACUCUUGGAACUGAUAGAAGACCUGAAAGUUAAGCUGACUGAGGUGAAGGAUGAGCUGGAGCCAUUGCUACAGUUGGUGGAGCAAGGGAUCAUUCCACCCGGAAAAGGAAGCCAAUACCUGAGGACCAAGUACAACCUCUAUUUGAAUUACUGCUCCAACAUCAGCUUUUAUUUGAUCCUGAAAGCCAGGAGAGCCCCUGCACAUGGACAUCCUGUCAUAGAAAGGCUUGUUACCUACCGAAAUUUGAUCAACAAGCUGUCAGUUGUAGAUCAGAAGCUGUCUUCUGAAAUUCGUCAUUUACUCACACUUAAAGAUGAUGCUGGAAAGAAAGAACUGAAUUCAGAAGCAAAAUCCACCAAGGCCAAGCCAAAAUCUGUUUCAGAGACUGCUGCUGCUGCCUCUGCUGUUGCAGGUAUUUCUGAUGAUUCUGAUCUUGAUGAAGAAGCUGCACUGAAAUACUAUAAAGAAAUAGAAGACAAGCAAAAGUUGAAGAGAAAGAAAGAAGAAAAUAGUAUUGAAGAACAGGCUCUUGAAGAUCAAAAUGCAAAGAGAGCCAUUACCUAUCAGAUUGCUAAAAAUAGAGGACUUACACCUAGAAGAAAGAAGAUUGAUCGCAAUCCUAGAGUGAAACACCGGGAGAAGUUCAGAAGAGCCAAAAUUCGCAGAAGAGGCCAAGUUCGUGAAGUUCGUAGAGAAGAGCAGCGUUACACUGGUGAACUCUCUGGCAUUCGUGCAGGAGUUAAAAAGAGUAUUAAGCUUAAAUAAAGUUUUCACUUAAGAUUUUUGGCAAUAAUUUUAGAUAAAUAAAUUUUUAUUUUUAACUCUUAAAGUGAUUGUAUUGAUAUAUACCUAACCUUAAAUUUUAAAAAUUCUUGUCAACAGGGAAAUUUGGGUUAUUGCUCAUUUUUUUGUUGUUCUUUAAUAUUAUUAAAGUCAUACUAGGAAUUUGGGGAGCAAUACAAAAGUGCUUGGUAAAAGAGAUGGUGUUGAAAAAAGUUCUCCAAUAUUCUGUCAAGUAGUAGCCUAGGAAAGUUUCACAGCUGGCUGUGGAGCAACUGUCAAACUUAGAACACUUUUAUAAUGUUUUUAUGAAGAGAAUGCACCUUUGGAAUUGUCUUAUUUGUAAGAUAGCCUAUAAAAUAGUUCUGACAUAUUAUUUUCAUUUACCUAAGUAGUUCUUGAGCAGGAUACUUGUAAUUAAUAGGUUUAAUGUUAACUUAAAGAUUUUAUACAUGCUGUGUGGUAAAAGCUUAGUAAUGAAGAGGAACUUUGGUUAAAAGUAGAAAAAGAUAUGCUUUAAUUACAUUAGUUGUGAACAUUG